CUCCGACCGCGUCUCGAUUAUAAGCUCGCGGCUCUCAAAAAUUACAGGAACACUCGCCUAAUCGGGGAACAGUAAAUGCACGUCGAGAUUUCGAGGUGUCGUGUUUCGAAAACGAGUCCUUCGAUCGACGUUUGUGCGUGUCGCAUAGGCACCGACCGCGAGUCGCGAACGAUCUGGUUCAGGUAUUCCAAAACCGGAGUCUGGUCGCGGUAAACGUGAACGAUUCACGGUCUCUCGCAUUCCGCGAAUCGCUUAAGAUACUACCUGGCGCGGAACUGUUGAAAUCGCCUCGACGGGGAUCGAUCAGAGGGACAGGGCGAAGUGCUCGAACCGUUUCACGUCCCGAGAGGGAAAAGGGGAUCUCGAGCCAGAGAACGUGCCCGUCGUCUCGUCGGUUUGGGCGUUUGAUUUUUCGGCGACAAACUCGCGGGUAGGGAAUCCCGAUCGAGCAUCACUCUUCCCAGCGUGGCGCACGCGAGACGAUAGUGAUUCGACGAGUGACGUAACUACGCGGCAUGAUAAUACAUACGGAUAUUAGCCGCUCGCGUCCACGAUCAGAUAAACGAACCGAAAUUGUGCACGAAGUUCGACGAUUCGUAUCGGUGGACGUAUCCGAUAAUAGGUUCAGUUCGUGUUCGAUCCUCUGCGCGAAAUCUCGCUGGCAACGAUGAAAAUGGAGGCGGAGCACAGGUUGGAGCAGCUGAAGAAGGCGACGGACAGAAUACAAAAGGAGAUCGAAGAGGUCACGGAGAGGGAGCACGAGUUACGAAACGUGGGUAGCAUUAAGACCACAUCCCACGAGACGGUGGAUUCCAAGGUGAGACGCAUGCCGCAAGCUUUAGCAUCGGGUAAAUUGAAGAGGACAACGUCCACGCCGCAGAUCCUGGAAACGGUCAGUCUAACACCGUUGACGCCAUCCUUAACGCCAAAGAUGACGAACGGAGUGAUAUCCAGCCGCACCACGCCGACGCCUUUGCGUUUUGCGACAACGCCCAGCCAGAAGGGGCUGAUGCACAGGUUUCUCGCCACUCGUGGGAAAAUUUAUAAACCAAAAUCUCCCGUGAACGAUGUACUGAUGCCGACCACGACACCCGCCAUCGCGCUCAACCCGUUGAGCAUCAAGACCUUCAACAGAAGUCCGGACAUCCAACUUGAACCGGACGACGAGCCCAAGAAACCCCCGAUUAGAAAAGGAUACGUACCCGUAGAAGAAAAAAUUCAGAAGGAGCUACACGAAAUGAAAGAGCGAGAAAAUGAACUUAGAUUAAUGCGAUCGCAGAUGUUGGCAAAGUCUCAACCGAAUCUUUUGGACAUUGGAAAUGACAAUGAUUCUGAUAUUUAUGAUGGUUCGAGUUCGUUACGAAGCGGUACUUCAUCUAAUACGUUAAACGAAGAUGAAAUAGAGAAAGAGAGCAAAGGAAAACAUAAGCCUAAUCCACGACGUCGGAGCACCCUGAUAGCACAAUGGGAAACUUUGAUAGCUGCAAAAAAAGAAUCUAAUGAUAAUGGUAAUGACAAUGACUUAAACUUUUGAAAUGUUUCUACAUUUUGUAAGAAAUAAGUAAUCAACUCAAUCCUCGCUUUUGAACUGUUAUGCUUUAAGUCGUUCUUAAAGUGAGUCAAAUAGAUAGCAUAAACCUUAAAAAGUAUGCUAGCUAUGAUAAGCCUUUCAUUCUUAAGAUAUGUAUUUUUUUAUGCUAAUACAUAUCAGUUCUACUCAUCUGUUCAAUUUGCGAGUUAAUUUAUUUAAUAUCAUAGGAGAUAUUUAUUUAAAAAUGAAAGCAUUAUCUGAUUGAUAAUGUGUUUUCUUUCUUUUAAAGCUUUC